GUUUUCAAUAUAUCUGGUCCCCAUAUUGAAAACCAAGCAACAAUAAUUGACAAUCUCUUUCUUUCAUCAUCAUCUUAUUCCACCUCUUUAUCUCUCUCAGCAACGAUUGAGUUUUCUUCUUCUUCUUCUUCCGACUCUUGGUCUGAUCUCUUACAAGAAACAACACACAAAUGGCGUUCGCAGGGACAACCCAGAAAUGCAUGGCCUGUGAAAAAACCGUUUAUCUCGUGGACAAGUUAACCGCAGAUAACCGGGUCUACCACAAAGCCUGCUUCCGAUGUCACCAUUGCAAAGGAACUCUCAAGCUUAGCAACUACAACUCAUUUGAAGGAGUUCUCUAUUGCAGACCACAUUUCGAUCAAAAUUUCAAGAGAACUGGAAGUCUUGAGAAGAGCUUCGAAGGGACACCAAAGAUCGGAAAACCCGAUAGGCCUUUGGAGGGAGAGAGACCUGCUGGGACCAAAGUGUCGAAUAUGUUUGGUGGAACACGAGAAAAAUGCGUUGGCUGCGACAAAACCGUGUAUCCAAUUGAGAAGGUGUCGGUGAAUGGGACAUUGUACCACAAGAGCUGCUUCAAGUGUACACAUGGAGGCUGCACAAUAAGUCCUUCGAAUUACAUAGCUCACGAGGGGAAGCUUUAUUGCAAGCAUCAUCAUAUUCAGCUGAUCAAGGAGAAAGGAAAUUUAAGCCAGCUCGAAGGAGGAGAUAAUGCCGCUAGGGAAAAAGUCGUCGCUGCUUAAAAGAAACAGUUCAAUCUCCCUGGAUGAUUUUGACCACCUAAGAGAACCAAUAGUGUCACUACUUCUCGAUCGAUAACAUUUAUUGGUUUCGUUUCUCUUAAGUUUGUGUUCUUUCUUUUUUUUUGUUGUCUUUGAUGUUGUUUCUUUUGGUAACUUUGUUGUCUCCUACGGUGAUAUGUUCACUCUUUGUUGCGUUUCUUGAGAUGAUUCAAAAAAUAGAGAAAUAAUGGAUGUUUGCUUAUGGUAUA